AUGCAAUCUCAUCCGGCCUUCUUGCUCGUCCUGGUGGCGUGCCUGGCGCGAGCCUUGACCGUCUUCGCAGCUCCGACUCCCAACGAGACUCCUAGUGGAGUGUCAUCCUGCUCUGGAUACACAGACACGUUCGACGAGGACGGCUACGUGUUGGUGCCCCAGCUCAAUCCGGUCGGCACGUAUCACGGCGUGACCUACACAGGCUUUGUCGGCGCAUCGAAGGGGCUCGUGACAGGUAACGUGGGCGGCGUCGUUCCCGUCUCAUCCCCCAACGUCGCCGUGGGCUCCAUCACCGACGUGCUGGUGUACUUCGGGCAGCUAACGCUGCAACCGUUCGGGACCAUCACGGCGGCGCCCUCGGGGUCCUUCGACCUCGUCGACGCCUGGAUGGGGUGUUUCCAGCAGCAGGUCAGCGCGAACCUCCCGGGCCUGGCGCUAGGGUGCACAGUCACGGUGACGGCCACGGACCAGGACGGCAACCAGAUCCCCGAGACCACGCUGUCCUACGACCCGCCCGACCCGCUCAACGCGGCCAUGGUGCUCGUCACGUUCCCCAGCACGUUCCGGAAUCUGCACAGCGUCACUUUCGGCAUCGCCACCUCGACAUUGUUGACGGCCACCACAAACUUAGCGCUCGACAACGUCACGCACUGUAACUACCCAUAA